GACUUCCCAAAAAUAAUCGGAAGGAGAGUCCGAGCACCGUAAAAUACCUCACAUACAAAGUAGGCCAUCCACAGCCGGUCCGAAUCCCGGGCCACGGACUCAAACAGACACCAGUAUCUUAUAUAUAGUGAACGUAACCUGCCGAUAUAUCAAACACAGAAACUAGCCAUUUAUUUUUAUAUAAAGCCAUUUCGCUGAAUUUCGAAUGUUAUUUAUCGGAGCAACCCAGACUUUGACCUGCUCACGAGUCUCUUGUUUAUUUUCUUUGUGGACGAUGGAUGCAUCGGAGGCAUCGAUGACGGCCAGUCAGUGGAUAGAGUGGGCGGUCGAGAAAGGCAUAAGAGCAAAUACACAGGGAGUGUAUAUCUGGAGCGAGCCAGAGGACGACGGGAUUGAGAAGCCGGCCAUCAUGGAGGAGACGCCCGCCAUUUCACCGGCACCCACGUCUGUCGGGUAAAGGUUGUCAGGUUCGUCCAGGGCGUCCGACCUGUCCAGUUCGUCCGACCUGUCCAGGUCGUCGAGCUCGUCAAUGUCGUCCAGAGCGUCCACGUCGUCCAGCUCCCUGUCGAGGUCGUCCAGUUCGGACUCGGAGUACGUCCCGUUUGAGGCCUCCGACUCCGACGAGGAUGUCCCUCUGGUGGCUCCGACGGUCCCUGUGGUGGCUCGGGUGGUCCCUCUGGUGGCUUUGCCACCACCCAGGCCUGAGAGGCGCAUGAGAAAUAGGAUUACGGAGGCUGAGGAACUGGCCAUACACAUGGUAUUCGCAGAGGACAUUGUCUCGACGUCCUUGUCAGGCAAGAGUAUAGGCAUCGAAGUCGUGAGACGAAAAUACAACCGGGCGACCAUGGGCCGUUUGGGCUUUGAGCAGGUUCGAGCAAAGAUCCGAAACCUGGCCAAGGCUCGUGCAGCUCGCCUGGCGGCAGGCCCUAUGUAGAGCCCUAGACCGGCUGAUAUUUCUUAUAUGUUUUUUUAAUAUGCUUUUAUGUCUUUGUUAAAAUGAAUAUGUAUUAGUAUACAUUGUAAGUACUGGUUCAACCCAGGAAAAUACUUUAUU